UGAUGAUUUCUUGCAAACACAACAUGAACAAAAUGGUAGAAUCUAURAAACAUGAAAAUAACUCUACGUACAGCAACAUCAACGUACUCACUUCGUUCUUUACAUUUGAAAACAAAUUGUUCACACUGAAGACUGCUUGAAAACAACUUCCAAUCAUGUCAAGAACUCCGAUUUAAUGUGCGUGGAAAUUAGGCUGAAGCUGUUAAACAUUAUUUAAAGUAUUUGAAGGGAUGUUGAUAGACCAAGUCGUUUUCCUACUCCAAUUCUCAUUCUUCCUUGUAUCAGUUGCGGACUCAAAUGGGACAAUAGGAAAAAGAUGCGUCGCCUCUUUCCCUGAAGUAUCUGUUAACAUUAAGAACUCAUCUUGUCUCCCAUAUCAAUUCCCACAAACUGGAUACUGUAAAGACCGAAUCACAUGGAAGAUCUACGGCAGCGUUGAACAGCAAAACAUUAAGGAAGGCACACUAAAAAAUUAUGUGGCCGCAAGGAAUGCUUUUGAGGAUUUGUAUCAGUUUCGAGUUACAGAAUCAUGCGAGAAAUCCUUCAAUGAUACUUACUGCAGAAAUCGUUUUCCUGCCUGUGAUGAUACAACUGAAGUGCUUCAAGCACAACCAAUAUGUAGAGAGACAUGCGAAGACUUAUACAAAAAGUGCUACAGAGAGUUUAAACUCGUAGAAUUGAUUAAUAAGAAUCUAGUUGGGACAAACAUUCCUAACUGGAGAGUAAUGAAUUGCACUUUUCAACCUUGGAGAAAUGGAGGCGAAAGUCCUGAAUGCUAUUACAGCAGAACCCUGAAUACUGAAACUGAUAAACUCAAGUCUCCAGAUUGUUACUAUGGAAAUGGUCUUGGUUACCAWGGCAAUGCUAGUAUGACGCGUUCAGGUCACGUGUGUCAAGAGUGGUCUUCACAAUGUCCUCAUCGACACCAUCAUCCAUUGGGUGAAUAUCCUGAACUGGUUAAUGCUUCCAACUGGUGCCGUAAUCCAGGAGGCCAGGCACCUAAUGGUCCUUGGUGUUAUACGUCAUAUAAAACAAAACGAUGGGAGUACUGUGGAGUGAGAAAAUGUCCGCCACCAGCGCCAACACUAUCCCCUGUCAUAAUAAAGGCAGUACCUAUUGGUCCUUAUAGAAUAUUCCUGGCAUGGAGGCCAGUACCUCUGCCAUUCGUCCACGGCACUCCUAAAGGAUUUAAGAUUCAAAAUUGUGUAGUCGGUGAUGAUCGAUAUAUAACGAUAAAUACGACGACUCCUAACUCAAAGGAUUUCGAGGUUCUUAACCUCCAGCCUUCAACCAAGUAUAAUUUAUCAGUUUUGGAGUUUAAUGAGCACGGCGAUGGACCUUGGAGCACUCCUGUCUAUGUACAAACUAUGCCAGAAAAUUUUAUUUCGAUACGAUUCACCUUACUUCUAAAGAACAAAAGAUUUACUCCAAAAUUACUCGAACGAAGUACAAGCGAGUACUUGUCCUUGGAACAGGCUUUCAAGUCGAAGUUGCAGAAGUUAUUCCAAAGCUCAAGAUCACGUGACUACAGCAUAUUCAAGAUAAACAUAAUCAAAUUUUAUAACGGAAGUGUUGGAGUUGAGUUUGACGUCACUGCUGAGUUGAUCAACAAUACGACAUCGUGGUCAGCUACACAAUGCAUCACGGGAUUGAUAUGGAAAGAAACUCGUGGAAAUUCACCAAAGUCUUUGCAUUUUUCGUCUUUGCAAGUGCAAGCUUCUCCACCACCUCCAGUCAACCUGACUGAAAAUAACGUCACUACCUCGUUCGUCACCAUUGGUUGGUCAGCACCUGCUUACCACGAUCCAUAUAACAUCACUAGCUACACUAUCGAGUACAAGAAGACAGACAUUGAAAUGCAGUAUUUCAGGGUCGAUUCCGUAGGCUCUGAUAAAAGGACAACCACAGUAAAGAAUUUGGAAUAUGGUACUCGAUAUCUGAUGCGCGUUGUGUCGGUGAAUGCUU